CACAUGUAGUGAUGAUGUCGUGUAGGACACGAUUCUCCUGCUCUCCGCCACCUGACGUGUGCAAUGAUCGCGAUGCAAUCUACAAUUUUCUUGCUUUUCCGUCGUGCGCUUUUGACUCACGUUAGAGGAGAUAUGGCGAUCGGGGGUGACCUCACAUUCUCACACAUUCCCAAGGUCCUGAAAGGUUGCUUGCAUACGAUCUGCCAGAAUUGCGCAGAGGAAGGGCUUCAGCGGUCGAAAGAUGGUUCAUCGAUCAUGUGCCCGUUGUGCGGAGUGUCGACCUCCGACGUGACUUCUACCUCGGCUCUUCAAGACAACAUCGUGGCUCUGCAAGAUGUCCACAGGAAAAAUAGUCAUUGCGACUUCUGCGACGACGUCGCCAAAGCUUCUCAUGUGUGCCAUGAGUGUGCGAGCCUCCUCUGCACAUUCCACAUGACUGCCCACUCCGUGUCGAGAGGCACAAAAUCGCACCGUGUUGUUUCCUUGAAAAACCGCGAGGCCUCCCAUCGUGUUCAGAUCACAUGCGCUCGGCACAGGGACGUUGAAGCAAAGCUGUUCUGCUCAGAGCCUUGUGGCACUACCAUUUGCCACAAUUGUAGUGUCGCUGAGCACUCGGGCCACAGCGUGUUCUUUUCCGACUCAGCCGAAGUGGAACAAGUACAUCGUGCCGGCCUUACCCGUCGUGGGGUUUCUUUGGGUCACAGAUUAGCUAGAGUGCGCGGUGGGUUGGACGCGGUGGAGGCCGUCAAAACAGGGGUGGAGAAGCACACGCGGUUGGCCGAAAGCGCUACAGUGCAAGCCUUUUCAGCAAUUCGUGCAGCUGUGGACUCCAGGGAGAAGGAAAUUCUCAAGAAUUUGCGAGCUGAUCGGGCACAAAAAACCCAGGACUUGAACGCACAGUUGGCAAAGCUGGGGCAAGUUAUGAGGGCAUACGAAAUUGCUUUAGACUCUACGAACACGAGUCUGGAACGCCUACACGGUGACCAGUUUUUGGCGAUGGAGCCGACUAUACGCGAGUGCUUGGAUGCACGUGAGGCAGAAUUUCCGUCACUAGAGCUUACGCCAUGUGUCGAAGACCGCGUGGAAUUCGAGCACGAUCGAAGCAUCGCCAACGCUCUCCGCCAAGGAAUCUCUCGGCUCGGAUGCGUGGUAAACGCAGUACGACCAAGAAAAAAGAAAGAAAAAUCAACGGCACCCGAACAAGAGCUUCAUGCGUCAUCGACACCAAGCGAACACAAUAUCCAUUUCUCUUUGGCAGCAAUCGUCGGGGCCCGCCCUCAAGAAGCAACACUCGCGAGUCCUACCGACAAAGUUAUUGUCGAGAUAAGGAGCGGUUCGGAGCACGACUUCCUGAAGAGUGGAACUACCGGUCCUGUGAUCGGCAGGGUGGCGCUCCACACGAAGUUUAAAGGUGCCAAGCAUCUGGCAUACGAAACGGAACAUUUCUUCGAGUCUCUAUCACAACGAGCAACACCUACACGGCAGUCGCGGAAGCAGCAGCAUCAGGCGGAGAAAGAGCGGCAAAAACAACCAACACCUUCACGCGACGGCGAUUGCGUGCCCGCCGUCCGCUUCACUAAGGUGUUGCGCGUUUUCGGGCGGCGAGGGGAAGGCUCGUCUUGA